CGCUCUGUUUGUUUCCGUCUCCUGCAUCCCUCUACCUAAUGUUUUGCCCAUGAAUUUCUAGACAACAGACAGCAAGCAUUGACGCGCCAUCCUUGAACAAAGCGCCACUAAUUUACACGUAGACAUCGCCCAUUCGUUUAUCAAAUCUCUCACCGUAAACCUUGCCCCAGGAAAACGUUUAUAAGCAAUCUUUCUUUUUCAAUUCUCUCAACUAAGACUUACACAGAUUUCCUUCGUCUCCUUGCCACUCUAUCCUCUUUAUGAUGAGCAAUCAAAAAACUAGAAAACUCGAUGAGGCUCAUAAGGAAUGCAAUUCGACAAUUGCAUUACAACGAUCCUCCUCAAGGUGGUCAUCUUAUCUUCCUGCAGUGGUCUUGGGUCUCCUUUCGUCCUCUUGUUGUACCGUCCAGCUCGUAUUAAACGCUUUCUCAAUUGGCUGUGCAGGAUUCUCUAUACUUACACCUUUCCGACCUGUCUUCAGUGUGAUAACGCUGUUGCUGAUUACGUAUACUACUGUUAAAUACCGGUUUUCUUCAAGAACUUUUAUUACACUUUCCAUCGCCAUACUACUGACAGCAAGCCCAGAAAUGGCCUCAAUCUACAAUCGAGCGCCCUCGUCAGCACUACAGCUUAAUCUCAAUAGUGUUCUCCCUGACCUGACCCUUUGGCCUCCGAAACUUCUUUUCCAAAAAAACAAUUUCCACAGACACACAUUAGCAACUCAGCAGGAAACGCAAGGCGCUCUCACUACGAACCAAGCCAGCUUUAAUACACCUUCUAAAGCUCUUCUUAGGUACGAUGUCCAUAUUGAAGGCAUGGCUUGUGAGGCCUGUGCAAAUCGCCUGCGCCAAAAAUUUAUUAGUCAACCAGGCAUUGAACACGCCAAGGUUUUUUUCGACCAGAAACGCCUUCAAUUCUGGACCAAGUAUAGUCCAGGAGCAUUGAUGUACUCUGCGCACGAAAUCGAAAAGAUGGUUUCACAGGUUGACAAUAAGUAUUUGGCGAGGUUAAUCGGAACGUUCACUGUGGAGGAAAGUGAGCAAUAAGAAUAAAUCUAUCCCUCUCUUCCCAAUCAGAUCCUCCUCUCACUCUCACCUUCACCCAGCCUCUUUUUGAAAUAAACGCGUCUCAAAAAGGUUUCAUUGCAG